ACAGAGGAGCAGGACAAUGAUAUUACAGUGGAGCAGGACAAUGAGAAUACAGAGGAGCAGGAGAAUGAGAAUACAGAGGAGCAGGACAAUGAGAAUACAGUAGAGAAGGACAAUGAAGAUACAGAGGAGCAAGAGAAUGAGAAUAUAGUAGAGCAGGACAAUGAAGAUACAGAGGAGCAAGAGAAUGAGAAUACAGAGGAGCAGGAGAAUGAUAAUACAGAGGAACAGGACAAUGAGAAUUCUGAGGAGAAUGACAAUGAGAAUACAGUAGAGCAGGGCAAUGAAGAUACAGAAGAGCAGGGCAAUAAGGAUACAGAGGAGCAGAACAAUGAGAAUACAGAGGAGCAGGACAAUGAAAAUACAGAGGAACAGGACAAUUAGAAUACAGAGGAG